GAGGGCUGGUCAAUUCCACACAUUCCUGGGGCUCUGUCUCAGAGAUGAAGACUCCUUGGCAGAGGAGGGGCCCAAGGACCUGUUUUCCAUAGCAGCUAAGAGUGUUGGAGGCUGUGUUCCUGCCUUUUAAGAACGGCGAGGCUUUUCUCCACCCCUCCCAACCUGUACAACCUGCCCAGGCUCACCUGCAUGGCCGCUUUUCCUGUCCACCCCCACUCCCUCAGCUCUGCGUCCUGUGCUCCCGCCUAGCAGCUCUUCCAUGUUUGUGCGACACCAUGGAUGGUUAACCCCUCUGGUUCCCACUCGCUGGCGGCAGCACCUCCCCUGCCUGCUUCUCACUUCCACAGAAAGGCCUUCCCUGCCUCCUGUGAGUCACUCGCCUGGCAUACUUGUCACUUCGUAUUUGUAUUGACUCUUAAAGGUCAGUCUCCCUGACUGGGUUGCAGCAGGCUAAGGGCGGGUCUGUUUUUGUUGCUUUGCUCUGUAUCCCCAAACCCGGAUCCGCUAGGUGCUUCCAUGGUUGGAUAUGAGUAAAUUGUCUUUUGUGUUUGUGGGUUUUUUUUUUUUUUUGUUCAAACUGCUUCCUGGUCCAAGUAACUUUGCCCCUUCUUUGCUUUGCCUCAUUCAUACUAGUCUUUCUUUUUUCGUCCCUUCCUUCCUUCCUUCCUUCCUUCCUUCCUUCCUUCCUUCCUUCCUUCCUUCCUUCCUUCCUUUCUUCCUUCCUUCUUUGAGACAAUGUGUCUCAGUGUAGUCCUCCCUGUCCUGAAACUUGCAAAGUAGAUCAGGUUGGCAUAGAACUCACAGAGAUCCACCUGCCUCUGGGAUUAAAGUGCACCUCCACAGCGGCUUUUCACAUUUCACACCAGCUUUUCAAGCGCAAAGUUGAGGCCUUGCUUCCUCAUGGCAGACCCCUUAUCAACCGGUGGCUUGUUUGCUUUUCUUAACUGUCAUCCAUAGGGAGCUGGGAGGCGCCCCCCCCCGUUGACUUUGAUCCGGGUCUCUCACCCCCUCUUCCCGAUCCCCAUGUUUGCUGAGGGCUGAACCAGAAAGUUGAAGUUACUGCUGUAACAGGGCCAAAACUGUGGCCAUAUCACCGUGGCCCUCCCACUAGGCCACCUUGCCACUCUUCGUUUUAAAACCGGGAAGGUGAGACCCUGGGCUUGGCUCGGAAGGGUACCUUGGGUAUCUCAGAGGGGCCAGGACAACAGAGGUCAAAGGGCAGAGCAUCUCUUCAGGCAUCCCUCUUAAAAGCAGAGUGCCCUUUGUCCAGGCCGUGGGUGGGGGAUGGGGGCGAGCUGAAGACCGCCCCUUAGCUUGACCAAUGAACUGACCAUCAUUGGGCAGGGACAAGUAGGAGUGGGCGGGGCCAUUUCUUAUCUAACAAACAGCCUCCACACUAGAUUUUUCUCUUUCCAGCCUGUGCUUUUUUACUCUUCCCAGCCUCUCCUCAGGCACCUGCUCUCUCCCUGGCACCUGCUGCCCGGUAGGAAGGGCAAGAGCUAUCCCAGGCGGUGCAUUGUGCGGAGUCUCCGCCCCUCCUCCAGCGCUUCCUUCUCCAGGGCGCCUCUCAGGCCCCGCCCUCACCUGCCCAAGAUAAUUUUAGUUUCUCUCAGCCUGGACUCUGGAUACACAGGGUUCUCUCCACAUUCUCCCGCCUCAACAUCCAAAGGCGUGAUACCCUCCUACCACCUGUAGAGCAUAGAGAGUGUAUUUGAAACCAAAUCCAAGUGUUUGGGAUCUCUAGAUAGAACCUGACUUUGGGCCCGGUGUCCCGCUCCUUCUGCUGGAGUUCUUCCAGCUCGGAUGUGGAAGCCCGGCCGGGCUGAGGAUGCCUCCAGCAUGCACAUGCGAUGGACAAAGAAAACUGGAGGUGCCAUGGAACUGGAUCUGAGUCUACAUCAUCUCAGCAGCUCCCCAGAAGAUGUGUGCCCAGCUCCUGGUACCCCUCCUGAGACUCCUCCACCCCCUGACAACCCUCCAGCGGGGGAUGUGAAGCGGUCACAGCCUCUGCCCAUUCCAAGCGGCAGGAAACUUCGAGAAGAGGAGCUUCAGGUGACCUCCCUACCCUCCAUCCCCAACCCAUUCCCUGAGCUCUGCAGCCCGCCUUCGCAGAAACCCAUUCUUGGAGGUUCUUCCAGUGCCAGGGGGUUGCUUCCUCGAGAUUCCAGCCGCCUCCACGUGGUGAAGGUGUUCAGUGAGGACGGGGCCUGCCGGUCUGUGGAGGUGGCAGCAGGCGCCACAGCUCGACAUGUGUGUGAAAUGCUGGUGCAGCGAGCCCACGCCCUGGGCGAUGAGAGCUGGGGCCUGGUCGAGUGCCACCCUUAUUUAGCACUGGAGCGCUGUGUGGAGGACCAUGAGUUGGUGGCGGAAGUGCAGGAGGCCUGGCCUGUUGGUGGAGACAGUCGCUUUGUCUUCCGCAAAAACUUUGCCAAGUAUGAACUGUUCAAGAGUCCCCCGCAUAUGCUGUUCCCAGAAAAGAUGGUCUCCAGCUGUCUGGAUGCACAAACAGGCACGUCCCAUGAAGACCUCAUCCAGAACUUCCUGAAUGCCGGCAGCUUCCCUGAGAUCCAGGGCUUCCUGCAGCUUCGGGGCUCUGGCCGGAGCUCAGGCCGAAAGCUUUGGAAACAGUUUUUCUGCUUUCUGCGCCGGUCUGGCCUCUACUACUCCACCAAGGGCACCUCUAAGGACCCGAGGCACCUACAGUACGUGGCAGACGUGAAUGAGUCCAAUGCGUAUGUGGUGACCCAGGGCCGCAAGCUCUAUGGGAUGCCCACGGACUUCGGCUUCUGUGUCAAGCCCAACAAGCUUCGAAAUGGCCACAAGGGGCUCCACAUCUUCUGCAGUGAGGAUGAGCAGAGCCGGACCUGCUGGCUGACUGCCUUCCGUCUCUUCAAGUAUGGGGUACAGUUAUAUAAGAACUAUCAACAGACUCAGUCUCGUCACCUGCGCCUAUCCUAUUUGGGGUCUUCGCCCUUGAGGAGUGUUUCAGAUAAUACCCUAGUGGCCAUGGACUUCUCUGGCCAUGCUGGCCGUGUCAUUGAGAACCCCCGGGAAGCUCUGAGUGCCGCCAUGGAGGAGGCCCAGGCCUGGAGGAAGAAGACAAACCACCGUCUCAGCCUGCCCACCCCGUGCUCCGGCUCGAGUCUCAGCGCAGCUAUCCACCGUACCCAGCCCUGGUUCCACGGACGCAUUUCCCGGGAGGAGAGCCAGCGGCUAAUUGGACAGCAGGGUCUGGUGGAUGGUGUGUUCCUGGUCCGGGAGAGCCAGCGCAACCCACAGGGUUUUGUUUUGUCUCUGUGUCACCUGCAGAAAGUCAAGCAUUACCUCAUUCUACCUAGCGAAGAUGAGGGCUGCCUGUACUUUAGCAUGGACGACGGCCAGACCCGUUUCACAGACCUGCUGCAGCUCGUGGAAUUCCACCAGCUGAACCGAGGCAUCCUGCCCUGUGUGUUGCGCCACUGCUGUGGCCGUGUGGCCCUCUGAGGCCACGGGAGCCAUUACCGCCCAUCGGCUGCCCACCCUCCGUUCAGUGGACUUGGUGCAGGUGGACGGGAUGGCGACCAGUUGAGAGCUCCCCCACACCCCAUCCCUCUUUUCUCCUGUUGCUUUACCUCCCUCAGGCAACACACGGUCCCCCAGCCCCGUUCACCCCUGACUCCUGUCCCCAAGGCGGGCAUUUGUGGCCCUCUCCUCAGAAGCUCCUGAGGCACUGUUCCUGCUCGGGGCAUUAUGACAGCAGUAGGGGCAGCCCAGGUGGCCUCAUGCCCCACACUCUGUACAGACGAAGAGGCCAGUUGAUCUGCUCUGUUUUAUACUAGUGACAAUAAAGAUUAUUUUUUGAUA